AUGGGGCUGGGGGCUGCGAUGGCGCUGGGCGACCCGCCGGCGGACUACGCCUCCAUCGCGGCGGUGGGGCUGUUCGUGGCGCUCAUGUGCGUCUGCAUCAUUGUCGGCCACCUCCUCGAGGAGAACCGCUGGAUGAACGAGUCCAUCACCGCGCUCUUCAUCGGGCUGGGAACUGGAGCGGUGAUCCUGUUGGCGUCCAGCGGGAAGCACUCGCGCGUGCUCCAGUUCAGCGAGGACCUCUUCUUUAUUUACCUGCUGCCGCCCAUCAUAUUUAAUGCAGGGUUCCAAGUGAAGAAGAAACAGUUCUUUCGAAACUUCAUUACUAUUACACUGUUUGGUGCAGUUGGCACCUUGAUCUCUUUUACUGUGAUAUCCCUUGGCGCUCUAGGACUAGUAUCAAGGCUUAAUAUUGGCGCACUUGAGCUUGGAGACUAUCUCGCACUUGGGGCAAUAUUCUCGGCCACAGACUCGGUUUGCACCUUGCAGGUGUUAAGCCAAGAUGAGACACCCUUCUUGUACAGCCUCGUGUUUGGUGAAGGUGUUGUCAAUGAUGCAACUUCUGUUGUGUUGUUCAAUGCAAUCCAGAACUUUGAUCUUGGAAAUAUCAGUGGUGCCAAAUUACUGGACUUUAUUGGCAGUUUCCUUUAUCUGUUCGGCGCCAGCACCAUUCUUGGAGUAGCUUCUGGACUUCUUAGUGCUUAUAUCAUUAAGAAGUUGUACUUUGGCAGGCACUCAACCAAUCGUGAAGUCUCCAUUAUGAUGCUAAUGGCUUAUUUAUCUUACAUGCUAGCCGAAUUGCUUGAUUUGAGUGGCAUUCUCACAGUGUUCUUCUGCGGCAUCGUAAUGUCACACUAUACCUGGCACAAUGUAACAGAAAGUUCCAGGGUCACAACCAAGCAUGCCUUUGCAACAUUGUCAUUUAUCGCCGAGACUUUUCUGUUUCUCUAUGUUGGUAUGGAUGCAUUGGAUAUAGAGAAGUGGAAGAUCGUCAGUCAAACUUAUAGCCCAAUAAAGUCUAUUGCUUUGAGCUCCACCAUUUUAGCCUUGGUGCUGGUUUCAAGAGCUGCUUUCGUUUUCCCACUAUCCUUUCUAUCAAAUUUGACCAAAAAAACUCCAAAUGGAAAGAUCUCUUUCAGGCAGCAAGUUAUUGUUUGGUGGGCGGGUCUCAUGAGAGGUGCUGUGUCCAUUGCAUUGGCUUACAAUAAGUUCACAAGAUCAGGCCAUACUCAGCAACCUAGCAAUGCUAUCAUGAUCACAAGCACAAUCAGUGUUGUUUUUCUCAGCACAAUUAUCUUUGGGCUACUGACAAAGCCACUGAUCAGGCUCUUGAUCCCACCAAGGCACCUAUCCAGGGAAGCAAGCGCCCUUUCCGAACCAUCCAGCCCGAAGUCUUUCUUUGAGGAGCUAGCCGCAAACAGCCCUGGUCUCCCGGAUCUUGAGAAUGGCACAAGCCUACCCCGCCCGACAAGCCUCCGUUUGCUCCUAGCGAGCCCGGCACGGUCGGUCCACUAUUACUGGCGCAAGUUUGACAACGGUUUCAUGAGGCCCGUGUUUGGCGGCCGCGGCUUCGUCCCCUUCGUCCCUGGUUCGCCGACUGAGAGCAGCAUGCCGCUGCUUCCUGGCAAUGAGAACUGA